AUGGACGCAUGUGUGAGGAGACAUGCCGACCUCUGCGACGUGAUGAAUCGGAUUCAAGUAUUCCGUUCUCAGCAGCCAUGGAGACUUUCAAAAUUCGUACAGAGCGCGCGAAUAAUUGCUCGCGAGAAGGAGCGAAAGGUGGCUUUCGAUGCAUUUCGAGAUUCUGUAUUAUUGUUACGCGAUCUUGCCUCGGAAGUCAGAUUGAAUCAGCAGCUUGUGGAUAUGAGUGCCAGUAUCGCGCAAAUCAUGUUUGAAUAUGCCGACCGAGAUCUCGGAGAGUCCGAAGACUGGAAAGAUGAUAGUCGGACGAUCCCAUACCAGCAUGAACAACAAACCGGUGAAUCACAUCAUCGCCGCCGAAGCACUGCAAGUCAUCGGACAUCCAAUUUCACCCGUGACAUCGAGCUUAUCGUUCGAACAUCGAUGGAGGAGGGCUCAUCCAACUUCAAUUACGUUCCAGCACGAGCGAAGUUGGACACCGGCUGUGACGAGAACCUAGUGUCACUGGAGCUGCUCAGAGAAAAUGGCAUUGAUGAGAGUCUCUUGAGCCCUAUACAACAGGAAAUUGCACUAGAGGGGCUAGAUAGUACUUUUUUCCCAGAGUUCGAAGUUGAGCUCUCUUGGUAUCAGGGUUAUGAGUUGAAAAAGAGGACUGCUAAAUUCUACGUUGUGAAGAAGCCACCAUUCAACAUUCUCAUUGGAAGCAAGGGAUUUGGUCCCGACUUUAGCGACCUCCAAAAUAACCAUGCUUUAUUUCUCGCUAAACGGAGCAAAACACCAGGUAUCCUCCCCCCUCUCGCCAAUUUCUUUGUCGCUUGUACAUAA